CUCCCCGCCCCGCCGCCGCCGCCAUGGCGGAGCGGAGCCGCGGCGCUCGGCGGCGGCUGCUGCUGCUGCUGCUGCUCCUGGCCGGCUCCGCCGCCAGCCCGGCCGAGGAGGGAGGCGGGCGGCGGGAGGCGGGCGGCGGGGAGCACGGCGAGGACGCGGCGCGGCACCACGACUCCUCGUACGGCACCUUCGCCAGCGAGUUCUACGACCUGCGCUACCUCUCCGAGGAGGGUUACCCUUUCCCUACUGCUCCUCCCGUGGAUCCAUUUGCAAAAAUCAGAGUGGACGACUGUGGAAAAACCAAGGGAUGCUUCAGGUAUGGUAAACCUGGAUGCAAUGCAGAGACUUGUGACUACUUUCUAAGUUACCGCAGAAUAGGAGCUGAUGUUGAAUUUGAGUUGAGUGCUGAUACUGAUGGCUGGGUGGCAGUGGGAUUCUCCUCAGACAAGAAAAUGGGAGGAGAUGAUGUCAUGGCUUGUGUUCAUGAUGAUAACGGAAGAGUCCGAAUACAGCACUUCUAUAAUGUCGGUCAGUGGGCUAAAGAAAUCCAGAGAAAUCCUGCUAGAGAUGAGGAAGGGGUUUUUGAAAACAAUCGUGUAACAUGUCGAUUCAAGCGUCCUGUAUAUGUUCCCCGAGAGGAAACCAUCGUAGAUCUGCACUUGAGUUGGUACUAUCUGUUUGCUUGGGGUCCAGCAAUCCAAGGUUCUAUUACUCGUCAUGAUAUAGACUCACCACCUGUAUCAGAACGUGUUGUCAGUAUUUACAAAUAUGAAGAUAUUUUCAUGCCAUCAGCUGCCUAUCAGACCUUCUCCUCUCCAUUCUGCUUGCUCCUCAUUGUUGCACUGACCUUCUAUUUAUUGAUGGGAACCCCAUGACCAAUGGAAAAUAGCAAGAAUCUGUUGGUGGAAGUUUCUCAGGAUGGACGGCUAUAUGGAUGGAUGAUGCAUUUUUCUAUUGGAAUUUAUAUCACACCACCAUCCUCACCUAGCUGCUUUUGAACAUAGUUAGCUUCUCAGAAGAAUGAAAUAACCAUCUCUUUUGAGUGGCAGAGUGGUGACAAAUCAUUUAAGAAUAAUCAGCAAACACAUAGGAGAAUAUUUUCAGUGUUGUGAUUACUUGCUUAAAGAAAAUGACACUUUUGUAAAAUCAGUGUGUAUGUGUGUGUAUGUGUGUUUGGGAGGGGUGCCUGUAUGUGUGUUUAGGUGAAUUUAGUGAUGAACAUCUUAUCAAAUAACAAAAUUGCCUUCCAAAUUGCUUCAAAAAAGCAAAUUUAGGAAAACAUUGUAAUGCCGCUUGGUACUUCUGGAGCAGAGAGCACAACUCCAAGUGCAGUUUUGAAUUUUAUGAUCUGGAUAGCAACACAGAAAUAUAAAAGCUGCCCUCAGUAGUGGACAGUUCUCCCAAUUUUUUUUUUUGUUUGUUUUAUAUUUAUCAAAGAUUACUGGCUGUGGUACUUUCUAAAACUAAACUUAAAUGUUCAAGCAUCAGCAUGAUUUUUUUUUUCAAUGAGAAAGGGGCGAUGAACAUCUUUAUUGUGUUUCAACAGCCUUUUUGAAAGAAAUGGCUACUUCUUUUAAGAGUGAGAUAUAAAGUAAUUUAAACAAGGGGAAGGGAGAAUACAGCAAUAUAAAUUCUCCAUGCAUAGGAAAACCAGGUGUAAAACAUGCAGAAUAUAGAAGUUCCCAACAAGCCAUAGGUUGUCCUCCCAAUAGACUAGAUCAAUUUUUCUCUUUUUAUGAAAAAACAGUAAUUUUGCUGACAUGUAAAUACAUUUUUAAGUAGUUGUGCAGUAAUAUGAAGUAAUCUGGUUUUCUGUGUUGUAUGCCUCUAUAUCCUGUUCAUGUUAAAGGUGACUAUGGUCAACUGGUGUUAACUUACAAAGGAAUAGAAAUGUAAUGGAGAUUAUUUCUAAGGAAAGACAGGGGUUAAUAAGAAGAGCAAUAUCUUUAGUUCAUCAAACCAUGGCUAAAAUAUAGUUAAAAUAUAGUGGAAAAAGAUGAGCUAAAGAGAAAAUACAUUAGAUUUUUUUAUCAUCAAUAAAUAUUCCAAGAUGAAUGUUAAGUAUUACACAAAUGGAAAGUGUCAAAAUGCAUUUAUAAUCCACAGAACUUUGAGUGGAGAAUUUCUGUUCUUCACAUAACAGGAGGUGUAUGACACAUGUCUACAUGCAGCAGUCAAAUGUGCUCAGAAAAGGUUAAGCAUUCACUUUCCAACUCACAUUAAAAUUCUAUAUAAAUAGAAUUAAAAUCUAAAUAGUGCCAAAGUUUUAUCUAAUGGGGUACACUUGAGGACUCUGUAACACAGCAUCUGGUAAAGUAUGUGAUGGAACUCCUUUCUAUUCUUAUUACUGCAUAGAGUAUAAGAUGAUUAAUUAGCUUUGCUGGGUUUGCAGCAUUCUUCACAGGCUGAUGUUUGUAAACUUAUUUUUUAGGCUCAGAAUUCUUCAAACCUAUGCUUAAGGUAUGUGAAUUAGAUUGAAAAUUAAUUUAUCUUCAUGACAAACACUUUAUCCCUAUUUCAAAAGAAAGAUCAGUUAGUAUUUUAUAUUUUCAUUAAUGUCUUUACGGAUUUGUUCACUUAAAAUUACUGGACUAGAUCUCAGGAAGGGGAGAAAAUUCAGAAUGGAGUGAACUUUAUAAGUGCAUGUACUUUAGUGUAAAUUACUUCUCUCAAGUUGGUUAACUUGCUCAUCAUCUGAUGAAGUAUACAGUGGAGACCAGCUAAUGAGGAAGGACUGCUUUGGUCCACAACAGCUGUAUAAUUUAGCCUUAGAGAUGGGUGGAGCAGAUAAGCCAAAGCCUGGAGAAUGAGCUUUACGUUCAGCAACCAGGUGAAGUGAAGAAAUCAUUAGGGAAAGUUCUUUCUCCAUGGUGCUGAUUUGUAGGCAGGUGAGAUACUGCAGUUCUUUCUCAGAGCCUGAGGCUUUAGUCUAUGGCCUUGUAUUUACUACUUUAGUUUCAGCCAUUUACCUGAUUACCCACUAAAGGGCUAAUUUAUUAAUUUAAAGGUACUGAAGUAGGAUAGAAACCUAUUUUGGCUUCUCUUUUCUGUCAUUGUAUUUAUCUCUUUUUGAAGUAUUAGCAGAAAUGUGCUCUUCUAUACAAACUUUCACCCAAGCUUAAAAGUACUUAAUUAGCCUAAUAAAGUAUUUCUAAUCAAAAGGGAGGAAAUAAAAGGCCACAGCAAGCAGCAAAACAAUCUGUUAUUUGGCAUUUCAGCUGAUGGUUCAGUUUGGCCCUGAGUUUGUCCGAGAGUUGCCCUUCAGAGCAGGAAAAUCAGGAAUAUGAAAUUCAGGUUGACAAACAAAGAAGGCUUGAAUGUUUAGAACUUACUAUUUGGGAUGAAAUCUGAGAAGAAAAAGGGCAUAAGAGAAAUGGAAAGUCUUUAGGUCAGUGACAUUUGAGUGGGCAUAGUAACUUGUCAUGGAAGGUAUUUUGGUUUUUUGAGGGGUUUUUGUAUUUUUUGCUUUGUCUUUUUUCUUUUUAAUUUUGAAAAGCAGGAUUGAUUCCUGUUAACCAAAGCGAUGGUCUUCAAAGAAAUUUUUAAGUGAUCACGGCAUUUCAAGUAGGUUUUUUUAAUUUUUUUUCUAAUUAAUGGAUACCAACACAAAACGGGAAGAAAGGGCCUGCUUUGGAAAAGGAGGCAAAUGUUUCCUUCUCCAAAUAAUUUUUACUUUCUUUAGUGUGACUACUAGUAAACAACUGUUAAAGAAUACAUUUCUAAAGUGCUUUGAGAAUUACUUGCACAGUGACCUAAUACAGAGGCAUUGAGUUUAGAAAUGGCAUGUUUAGAGUAUGGUGUGUCCUUUUGAGAUUUAACUAUGAUUAAUAAUUAGAAAGAUAGGACUGGUAAAGACCAUAUGGCAUUAAUUAAUGUCCUUGAAUAUGUUCUUUCCAUGCAGAACAAAAUUCAGUUGUGACCAUUGCAUGUUACGUUAACCGUAUUAUCACCCUCUUCUCUCUCUGUCCAUCUUAUAUAGAAUGUUUUAUACUAAAAGUUUCUAGAUUAGUUGGAAGAGAAAUCAAUGACAGUGCCUAUUGCAAAAGGACCUUGUUUUUUGACUGUAGUAUCUGACUGGUCCCCUGUUAUAAGUUAUAAGCUAGGCCUGAAAUUACUUUAGUAAUAAGUAGGAUAGAAGAGAGAAAAAUGAGUGGAGCGGAUAGACUUUCAGAAAGUAAUUUUUUUCUUUGCUGGAGUUAAAUAAGUAUGUAUAUUUUUUGGCAUAGGUGAAUUGCUAGUUGAUUUUUCCCCCCUCAAAAUAAAGAAAAAGCCUACCUGAUUUGAUGAUGUUAUUGGAUGCAGGGUGAUGCUAUCUUCAAAAUUCAAAAUUUAAGGGAAAUACCCUGGUUUUGAAAGAUAACAAGAUAUUGAUGACAAAUGUUUGAAAUCCCUCUGUGACAUUCUUGUCCUUUUUGAUUGGUUUUGCAAUACUUGGAUAGCAGCAAAAUAAAGACUUGUGGCCUCCCUAACCUGAGGAAAUGCCCAGAUUGGGUUAAAUAUUUUCAAAGCUGUGUUGGGCACUGGCUUUCCCGGUCUUCAGCACAGGGAUGAAAGCGUGGUGUACAUCAGCAGUAUUGAAACUCACUUAGGGCACCAUAUCCUGGGUCUGAACCAAAAAGAAGAGCCUUCAUAUACUAAAUAUCUACUACAAAAUGAAAAUAACAAACAGCAUGACCCAUCCUGCACCAAAUCUCUUAAAUAUGCAUAUCUUCUUGUUGACAAGAAGCUGAACAUGAUCUGGCAAUCCAGAAAGCCGACUGUAUCCUGGGCUGCAUCAUAAGAAAUGUGAGCAGCAGGUCAAAGGACGUGAUUUUGCCCCUCUACUCUGCUCUCAUGAUACUCCACCUGGAGUACUGCAUCCAGCUCUGGGGCCCCCAACACAAGAAGGAUGUGGACCUGUUGGAAUGAGUCUAGAGGAGGGCCACUAAGGUGAUGUUAGGACUGGAACACCUCUCCUAUGAAGACGGGCUGAGAGAGUUGGGGUUGUUCAACCUGGAGAUGAGAAGACUCUGGGGACACCUUAGAGCAGCCUUCCAGGCUGUAAAGAGAAGUUAGUAGAUAAAGGAGGACUGGAACACAUCUGUCUUCAUGAUUUUCCCGGUCACAAUUAUACAUCUGUGUCAUUGAUGACACUCAGUUAUUUGUAAGUAAAUGACUGCUAUAAGUUUAAGGGAAGAUGCAGGUCUCCCUGUUUUAUUUGAUCUUCUCCUACUUUCUCAUGCCUCCAAUGCAUCAGACAUUUACAAAGAAGAAAAUCAUUCUUGUUUUAGAGAACAGGUCCUCUGUCUGCUCUUUCAGGGCUUAUUUGGGUCCAAUGGAAGUUUGCACCCUGCGAUACUCCAGAGGCAAAAUUCAAGUUUAUAUGCAAAUUGCAAACCUUUUAUUAGCAUUUAAAUUGCAUUUUGUGAUUCUGUGGUUUCAUUGGUUUGCAACACUGCUGUGCAGCAGAUGUACUUGCUCCCCACACUGUUUUUAACAACUCCAAAUAGUUUCCCCAAGAAAAGUAUUUGGUAAGAGCUUUAGAAGAAGGAAAUGUGUAUUUCAGAGAAUUACAAAAGGUCUAAUAUCACUUUUUUUCAGAGGUAACUAUUGUGAGUGUUAGUAUUUUAUACAAAGUAUGACUUUGUGUUGAGCCUUAGAUUUAUAUAGAAUCAGAAACACAUUUAAAUAUUACUGUGUUUCAGUGCUUCAUGGAGCUGUGGAUGUGCAUAACUUACAUGAAUUGGCAUGAUCCAUUUCAACCCUGACUCCACAGCUUGUAAUGAAACUGCCACAGCAGUUUGCUUGAAUGCUGCAGAGGCAGUGGUGACAUCAAAUAGUUUGGAACAGAAGAGUGGAGAGACUGGGAGCAAGGGCGAAUGACAAGGAAGGGCUAAUGGUUUUGGCAUACUUUCUAUUUUUGUAUGAGUUUACAUGUGGCAGAGUCUGUCUGGAACUCUUUAUCACAAGCAAAUAUUACUUUAUGUGAUGAGAAGGAACAGAGUCUGACUUCAGUGAGUAUUUAGCUUCUAUGCGGGUCCAAGCAGUGUAAGGGCUGAUGUGGGCAUCAGGUCAGACUGUAUCACAAGACGUCUACUCCCACCAACCUCCAAGGUAAGAGCUAGAGGCUUGAUUCUGCCUUCAGAGAUGUAAAAACCUGUCAAGACCCCAUAGGCAGUCGUGGCAGUCGGCUGCAGUGGGGAGUACCUGCUCAGUUUGUAAAAUGGCCAGUGAGCAGGUACUCCGUGCUUGCCGCAGUGUAAAUAUCAAAAGAUGGGGGGUCUAAAUAUUUUCUUAACAGCUUUCACUGUACAUUAUCUAGUUCCUCUAAUUAAAAUUUCAUUAUUAGUAUUUCUGUAGCAGUGUGUUAGGAUAGCUCUUCAUCAACCUGCCCAGGACAGAUAUGGAUCUAACUGGAAGGUUUUAAAAAAAAAUCUCAAUUUCCUAUGAACAUUUUUGUUCAUAUCUAGUUAUUUCUAUGUAAUUUUUAUGUCAAGGUACAGAGUAAGAUAAGGUAAGCCUUGCUUUUCUAAAGCUCUCUUAUUAGUAUGAAAUAAUCACUUUGGUACCUUCCCUUUUUUUUUGUUUUCACAGUGGGUUUGGUAAAAUUAUGUAUGCUUGAACCUGGUUAUUUAACUUGUCUAAUUUGGGCUCAGAUAGUGAGGCAAAAGCAGUGUAAUUUUGAAAUGUCGAGGAGGAUGUGUACAGCUUGUGGAGUUGAUAGGUGUGAAAAUGCAGACUUAAAAGAUAUGACUUGCUUUGAAAAUCUGUGUUAUGACUUAGCAAUAGCAAUGAAUCUGCUGUAAGAAAAGGGGCAGAUUUAUUUUUUCCUUGGAUAGCUAAGUAAUUUGAAUUGCACUCAUAGACUCAUUCUAUAUCUCAAGUUGGAAGGGACCCAUAAGGAUCUUAGAGUCCAACUCCUUGCUCUUCACAGGGUUGCCUAAAACUAAAUCAUAUGUUUAAGAGCAUCAUCUAGAUGCUCCUUGAACUCUGACAGGCUUGGUGCCCAUUCAGUCACCAGACAUCCUCUCAAAGAAGAAGUUUUUCCUAAUGUCCCGUGUGAACUUCCUCUGACAACAGUUUCAUAGGCAUCCACAACUCUUGCUUUCACCCUCUUUCUGUGUUUCUUAUCAGUAGAAAUGUUCUUUCAGACCAGUGUGAGGUUGGAAUACGUGCAGGACUUCACAGCCCCUAUCUUAGAACAGUUGCUGCUCCAUAUAGGCUCAUCCUGAUCUACAAUUAGAGGCUAUUUAGGAAUGUCUUUACAAGGUGAACUUUUAUGUGUCGUUCUUAAGAAAUUUUCUGUAAAGGUGUUGUGCUCUUUAUAGACUGGGACAUACAGAAUUACCAGUACUUUUCUGAGCUGUUUCUAAAUUAUGCUUACUCAAAUUCAUAUUUACAUUUUUAAAGAAGUAAUUGGAUUUUUCAAAAGUGCUGAGCAGCUGCAAAUCUUUUAUGGCUCCAAUGCUUACUCAGGGCAGUGAACAUUUUAUGGUAACUAGUGAUUGCAAUGUGUUGCCUAAUUUAGUUUCACAUCGCUCUCUUAGUUUUUACAUAAUUCAGUUCAAUUUCAUAAGAUGGUGUUGGUAGGAGACUAAAUAAUUCACUUAGGUUGUGUGCCAAGGAAUAAAAAUAUUCCUGCUGAUUUUUCAUAACAGUGAUUUGCAAGGUUUAGAUUAAUGAAAAAUAUUUUUCACAGAAUUAAUAUUUAGGCAAUGUGAUUUUGCUGAAGGUAUUUGUGUGUGUGUGUGUGUGUGUGUGUGUGUGUGUAAAGUCUGAAAAUUAUACAAGAAAGUCUAAAAACAAAAGGCUAGAUUCUGCUCUGGAGACAAGACAAAACACAGAAUCCUACAUGUUCCCUGACUCCUAGUUGAUUUUGGAGAGGCAGAAUGAUCCAGAAAAAUAUUUAUAAACCUGAUAUGUUACUUGUGUGGGUAUUAUGUUUGCAGUUCUUGUAUACUAACCUUCCUUCACUUUCUUCAGUACAAAAAUUAGCCUUACAUUGGUCUUAUUGCAGUAUUAUUUUCACUUUUUUUUCCCAAACAAGAUGAAACAAGGAUGUUCAGUAAGUCAUGAGAAUAUUGUCAUACGGAAUAUUAGUAUAAUAGGAAAGGAAGUACAUAUGCCAUAGUUAAACCUAAGAGGAAAAAUUCUUGUUAUUUAACUACAGAAUAUGAUAUCUGCUUCUGAAAUACUUAACUGCUUACAUAUAAAGCAAUGAUUUCUUUUUCAAUUUUUCACAGUUGGUGACAUGAAACAAGGGAUAAACAUUGAAAUAGAAAAAACUACCACAAUAGAUUUUUUUUUUUUAAAGCUAGAAGUAUCAUUCACGUCUUGACACAGAGAGUCAAAGAUGAAAUUCCAAAACUAUUAACUCAUUAGAAAAAUGAAAUGGUGGGACCCUGACAUUUGUGUGUGAUGUUCCCAGCCUUUAUUUAGGCAGAGAUAUUUUAUUAGCAUAUUUGAAGUAUCAUGAGUUCUGUUUAGGUUAAAACAGAUGCCUGGUAUGCCUUGGUAUUUCUGAUUUAUAUAUCCUGAGGUCUGAUUUGCUUUAACCUCUCUGCAAGUAAGCAGGCUGUCGUAAUUGUGUGAACUCUUGCCACUUCUUUUGUAUGACAUGAAGUGUAAUGAUUGAACCUGAAAUGCUAUUUCUACCUUUCGACUUUGUUCAGCAUUCUCAAGACCAGUAUAAAGAUAAAACGUACAAAUAAGCAACUUGUAAUUGUAGUCUAAAGUGGUGUUCUGCACUCUGUGCUAGGCACCAUUCUGUAUGCCAAUAACCGCCACCCGUGUGAAGUCACUGAGCAUUUGGUUGGGUAGGAGCGCAGAAUGGAGGUUUUGUAGUUCAGAAGAAAUUGCCAAACUUCUUUGCAUUUAUGCUCUAGUCCUUUCAGAAAAAAUAACACUGGAUGAAUACGUAAUGAAAUUACUGUGAUCUACGGGACUACUUUACAAUCAGUGCAUGCCCUAAAGUAUUGCUUUGUAACAUCUGUUUUAUACUAAAUGUUGGUGUUCAAGUGAGCCUUGUUAGCUGUUUGACAGUGACAGACAAAAAUAUUUAUAAAACUGUUAUAAUAAAUGCCUUUUUAGUCUAAGAAAA